UGGCGGCGGCGGCGGAGGAGGAGGGACAGUGCAGGGCUGUGCCUCUGCCUUCCUGCCUGGCAUCCAGGUGGGUCGGCUGGAGGGCUGGCUGGCGGGGCCAUGGAGCGCGAGCGGGGCCCCAGGGGCGGCCAGGCGGCCGUGGACCUGGGCUUCGGGGCCCUCAGCACCGCCCAGCUCAGGGCCCUGAUGCGGGACGAGACCUGGCUGGUGCGGAUCGUCAAGCUCAGCAGGAAGUUCCAGAACCUGCAGCUGGAGCGGGAGAUGCGCCUGGCCUCCAACUACACCUUGGCCAGGCAGAACCUGGCCCUGCAGCCCCGGCUGGAGAACGGAAAGGCCUCCCUGGCCAUCAAAUACCAGGAGCUGCGGGAGCUGAGGGAGACCUGCCGAGACAAACAACAACGCCUGGGAGCGUGCAUGGCCAAAUGGACUCCCGAAAAUGCCAUGAGCAGACUGCAAGCUGAACUGGACAGCGUGGAGUCCAAAGUCGAGGAACAGAUGGAGCAAUUCCUCUGCUGGGACCUUCCGAUCGAAUCCUUCGUGGAGACCUUCCAACACACCCGCAUGCUCUCCCACCUCCGCCGCACCCAGCUGGAGAAACUCCAGGAGAUCCUGAAGCUGGAGAAGGAAAAGACCCCGGGGGAGAAGCCCAGCCCUGGCGUCGAGGACCCUCCUGCCGUUUCCCCGGCCCCCCCAGCUCCAACCACCUUGGCUCUGGCUGCGCCGGCGCAGAACGGGCCCCCGCCUAAGCUCUUCCAGCUCCGCUUGGCACCGGCGUUCCUGAUCCCCUCGGAGGCCAUGCUCCCCAUCCCCGUGGCGGCUGGCGGCUCCCAGAAGUGCUGCCUGCCUACCCUGUCCGCCUCGCACCCGGCGGCGCCCUUUGUCAGCUCUCCGCUCAGCCUGAUUGGACACAUCCACUUGCCGCAAGCCCACCUGCCCCACCAGCCGAAGAAGAAAGAGCCGCCCCAUCGGUAGCCGUCGGAGAGGAAGGCCCCGACGAUGAGACUUUUUUUUGGACCAGACCCUGGUGUGCGGCGGGAUCCAAGGUGCGAGACGCCGGACGGCUAUGCUUCCCCCAGACUUGCUGGAAGUUGCGGGCGGGACGAAGGACGCCAAGGGGGGGCGGAAAGCCAACCCGUUCCCAACUGUCUCUUGGCGCCAAAUCUUUUCUGAUUUAAACUCCCCUCUGCUCCUGCCGCAUUGUUCCCCCACCCGGCUAGGGUUAAGGUGGAGGCAGCUAUUUAAACCAAGUUAUUGUAGUGAUAGGGGGACGAGACUGCGGAUGAGCCGGAAGGGGGAUGUUACCUAUCCCUCGCCACCAUUUUUAGAAAUAAGGGAAGUCUACUUAGUGCCAUCUUUGCUCUCUAUGUCACUUCACAUCCCCAGGCCCUCCUUUUGGGGGGCAACUGACGUUCUUCAUGUGCCCAUUACAUUGAUCUGGAGAGAGAAAACCAUACAGGCUGCCUACCUGGAUUUUCUCGGUCCGGGAAGAAGACCACCUCCCGCUGUUGUCUGUAGUUCCCCUUACCCCGCUGGCAUGGGAAUUGGGCCUGUCCUCUGGCACAAGGUGACCGAGAGGGUGUGCGAAUGUGAGCCUGAGUAUGGGUGUGUGUUAGGGACGUGGUGUUGGGAAUUGGCGCAUGUCGGCAGGGCAGGAGACGCCUGCGGAGGGAAGGGGGACUUGGCUCAUGGCUGAUCUUUUCUUCCCUCCAACUUCCCUAUUGUUCAGUGUAUCUGUUGAAAGUGGAAGGUCUUUUUUGGUGAGGGUGAAGGUCUUCCAUGAUGGGAAGAGGGCUCUGUUUUCGGGGGGGUCGGGGUCGGGGUGGGGUUGGUGUGGCGAAGCACAGGGUAGAGCAUUUAGCUUCACGUUCUGCAAAGGCGACAGAACGGAGUUUGUACCAGCACAGGGACACGGUCUCCACAGGGUAUAUCCACGGGGGGAGAGGACACAACUACCCCUUUCCUCACGCCCUCCCAGUCCAAAGUUCGGACUACAAUCCCCAGAAAAUUCGGCUCCCUCCCACAGCUGGCUCUAGUGGCAGCUGGUGACUAGGCUCAUCCGGGCUUUACGGAGCUUUCCAAGGUGCCGGAACCUGUUCCCAAAUUGGUUUGGCACUUCCAACCUGGCCUGGAUCGACUGCCCCACUGACAUGGGAGCCACCGGUCAUCGCCAAAGCCAGGUAUGGCCACUGUCGUACUUGGAAACCAUCUGGAGGGUUUCCAGGUUGGGGGAGUGCGGUUGAAAGGGGAGGACAGGUCUUCAAAGCUUUCCUUGAGCUUGAGUCCACUAGCCCAGUUUUUUAUUCUAUUUUUUAAUCAAGGGGAUAAUCGAACUGGAAAUGCGUCACAAACAAACAAACACACGUUACAGUUGUUUUACAUACUGUACAGUUUGGAAGUUCCCAUCCAGACCAAUUGACCAUGAUGAAGGCCCGUGAAAAGCAACAGCAGAGUGGGGUUCAGCCACAGAGGGACCCAUUGUGUCCUGUGAAAAGAAAUGAUAAUUAUUAUUUUUAUUAUUAACCAUCCUUUCCUGUAAGAUGUGGCUCGCCAUGUUUACGGGUGAGUCUCUUUACCUGGUCUAUCGGUUGCAAGAGAGACGAGCUUAAAAUCAGCCCCUGGAAGCCAGGAAAUAUCCUCCUUCCUCUCUUCUUCUGCCUCCCCCGCAGCGCAUUAUGAGAUUUCGCGUCAUGCCCCAAAUUCCAGAUCUUAAAAAACGUUGCGUUCCAAAGUCAACAGCUCCCUAGCUCUUGCAUGGGAUUUUCACUCCCCCCUCAAAUACAGCGGGACUCUGAUUCAUAGAAGAGUCGAAAGGGACCCCAAGGGCUAUCCAGUCCACUCAUGCAUUUAGGAGGACACGCUUCCAAGUCUGUGUGCCGAAUGCAUGGCGAGGUCUGGUGAGCGUCAUAUCUCAUUCGUUAUCCAAAGCCACGAGGUUUCCAAGGCUCUGGGGUGCAAGGAGAAUGAGUGGAGCUUUUGCACCCCUGACUUUACUCCUCCAAAAGGAGUCUGUUGGACUAGAACAUGGGCUAUAGACAGUGCGCCACGUGAGAGACAUCUCCCCUUUUCUGUGGGGCAUGACGUUUCCUCAACUGAGCCCAUUAUGGGGAGGGAAGGCAGAAAGCAGGUCCAUCGACCGCUGUUUGCUCAGACAGUAAAUACGUACAGGAGAGCAUGCAUGGUGGUCUCUUCCCCAGAUCCAGAGCUGCAAAACCAUCCUCUGACAUUGUCAAUGGGGCAACAGCUAGGCUCCAUGUCGGUGGGGUGGCAAGUCCACUCCGGAUGCCAGAUGUGGCCUAGCUGCAAGAGAGCAUCUGUGGAAUCUGUUGACCCAGGGGUAGCACCCAUCUCCAUCCAUUGAUAGCUAAACCCCUGAGGAAGAUCUGCAGAGCCAACAUUUCCAUGGCAGUAGAGGACACAACUCUCCCUAACUCCAAAAUUGCUCUGUUGGGGUAGAAUUUGGAGGUCCGAGGCUGUGGGUAUUCAACCUGUAUAAUUGCUAAAGAAAAGUCUGCUAUCUAGUUGGGCAAAAAACCAGCGGCGUCUUCUGGCUCCCAGGUCCGUGGGGCGGUGAAUCCGUUCCAGGUUUAGACUCGAUUUCCAAGAACCAUCCAAGGAAAUGAACCGAUCUGGAUUCCUUUAAACUGUUGGUUCCCAAACUUUGGUCCUCCGGAUGUUUUGGACUUCAUCGCUCAGGAUUCCUGAAUGUUGGCCAAGCUAGGUAGGGCUUUGGGAGUUGGAAAUCAGGAUCAAAGUUUGGGAAUCGCUGCUUUAAACCUACCUUUAAAGCCUGGAGUAGAUUCACUGUCCCAGAGACAUGGAAGCCACUGGAAAUAAUACUCUUUCCCCCUCUCCAAACUCAAAGCUGAGUUUGCUUCUCUCUCUCUCUCUUGAUGCAAAUAUCAACAAUCUGGUUUGAAACUUGGGAGAUGCCCAUCUCAUUUUUCUUUGUGGGGUGGAAAUUAUCACAGUAGGGAAGCAAUUCUAGAAGGAAGAAGUAAUUUAGCAAUUUUUGUCAUGGAAAUUGUCCGUAACGGUGCGCUUUUCAAAGAGCGUUUGCAGUUCCGCGCAAAAACACGGCGCUUGGUCGUUUUGGCGAGGAAGGGAAUCUGCGCGGAACCGAUUGCACAGGAAAACACUGCUUUCUGCAUGAAACCUGAAAAUGCAGAGUUCCAACGGCAAAGAUCAUUAUCGGUCCCAAAUUUUCUUCUCGACGCUCGAGAAAGCACAUUCCCCGACCAUUUUUCAAACGUUUCGGAUACGCUUCCCGUCCCCGUUCCACGAAUACAAAGAAGCAACCUUUCCCUUUUCUAUCUCUCCCCCCCCCCCAAAGAAAACCCUCCCAAAUUUCAAAGCCCUCCAUUUCCCAAGAGGUUGCUGUCAGAAUGUGCAUUUGCUACCAUCGGUUUUCUUCCUUCAGAUAUUUGAGACGGAGGCAGCACCGCUCUCCUCCGACCCGGUUUCGUAAAACGCACAAGCCACAACUCAUGGCAAAGACGUACCGAGUGUGUAUGCGAGUGUGGGGUGUGCGCAUGUUGCGGUGGGGGUCUUUCCCAGGGUCCCGGCAGCUUCAAGAUAGGCCUCAUGCUGUCUUUUUUGUGAACGGUUUCUUUAUCCCCCUCUUUAUCCUUCCUCCUUGCCCAUGUAAUCCUUUUUUUGGAAAACUUUCAGUGUGGAAACAUUUAAGUGUGGAAUAUUAUAUAUAUAUAAAAGAAAACCCGACCUAUAUAUAAUAUUCUUUGGAAUAAAUUUAAGUAAUGCAUUUUGUUUCUUCUGGA